UUCCAAAUUUGUAAAUACCAUCACAAUUGUGACUUACCGAUUAGGAUAUUUUCAUCUCCAUUGAAGGAUUCUCUAAGGAUACAAAUUUUGCUCAAAAUGGCAGAUAGAUAUUCAUUCUCCUUAACAACUUUCUCCCCUAGCGGGAAGCUAAUUCAGAUAGAAUAUGCUCUCAACGCUGUCAACCAGGGUGUCACUGCUCUUGGUAUUAAAGCUACAAAUGGAGUCGUCCUAGCCACAGAAAAGAAAUCUUCAUCACCUUUAAUAGACGCCCCUUCUCUAUCGAAAGUUAGUCUUAUCACUCCAGAUAUUGGCAUGAUAUAUUCCGGGAUGGGUCCGGAUUACAGGGUACUCGUGGAAAAGGCAAGGAAGGUCUCGCACACAGGCUACAAGAGAAUUUAUAACGAGUAUCCACCUACUAAGAUCUUGGUUCAAGAUGUAGCUAGGGUCAUGCAAGAAGCAACUCAGUCGGGUGGAGUCAGGCCUUACGGUGUCAGCUUAUUAGUUGCAGGGUGGGAUGAGGGUACUGAGCCCGAAGUUAAUCAAGCUGAAAACUCGGAUGGAAAAUCAGGUCAGGAAGAAUCCAGCAACAAAACUGGUGGCGACGUCAAGGGCAAUCCAAUGUUGUAUCAGGUGGAUCCAAGUGGAAGUUAUUUCCCGUGGAAAGCGACAGCUAUUGGUAAAAGUGCGACCUCGGCUAAAACAUUUUUGGAGAAGAGAUACACGGAAGGCUUAGAACUAGAAGAUGCAGUACACAUUGCCCUGCUGACGCUGAAAGAAACCAUUGAGGGUGAGAUGAACGGAGAAACUGUUGAGAUUGGAAUUAUCGGACCACCAGCUCAUCAUUUAUUGGGUAUCGAGGGGGUCGACGGAGCUCGAGGACCAAGAUUUCGAAAGCUCAGUCCGCAAGAAAUUGAGGACUAUUUAACAAAUCUGUAA